GAGCGCACAGUUGGUGGUAGGUGCGGUAGUGCGGCGUCUGAUGUGUGCAUAAAGACAACACUCAGCAGCAGGACGAACACGCUCGGAAGACACCGACAUGCACACAAAAUGCUGCGUCCACGAGCUGUGACCAGCCGCUGGAUGUGAAGAAAAUAACCAAACACCGGGGGGAAAUAACCUUUGAAGCGCGGGCGCGCGCUGGCAGCGUUCUUGCCGCAGAUUCCAGUAGUCAUAGAUCCUGCUGAUGCGCUUUCGCUGUGCAUGAAUCCCUCUGUUUGGUUUGCACGUUCAGUACAAGACCGAGCGGCAUUGACGACUCUGUGGAGCCUGUGAGUGCACCUUAUCCGCCUCUCUGUACACCUACACCCCACCCCCCGCUACGCUCCGUGGCACCUGCUUCAGGAUGGCCUUAACGAUCUGCACGCGAUUCACCGACGAAUAUCAGCUGUUCGAGGAGCUGGGGAAGGGAGCAUUCUCUGUGGUCAGGAGGUGCGUGAAGAUUUCAUCUGGACAGGAGUAUGCUGCUAAGAUCAUCAACACCAAGAAGCUUUCUGCCAGAGAUCAUCAAAAGCUGGAGAGAGAGGCAAGGAUUUGUCGUUUACUAAAGCACCCGAACAUCGUAAGACUCCAUGACAGCAUAUCAGAAGAGGGUUUCCACUAUCUGGUGUUUGAUCUGGUGACAGGCGGAGAGCUGUUUGAGGACAUCGUAGCCAGGGAGUACUACAGUGAAGCUGAUGCCAGCCACUGCAUACAGCAGAUCCUGGAGAGUGUCCAUCACUGCCAUGUUAAUGGGAUUGUUCACAGGGAUUUGAAGCCUGAGAACCUUCUGUUGGCCAGUAAGCUGAAGGGGGCGGCGGUCAAGUUGGCUGACUUUGGGCUGGCUAUCGAGGUACAGGGGGACCAACAGGCAUGGUUUGGUUUUGCCGGCACCCCUGGGUACUUAUCCCCAGAGGUCCUGAGGAAAGACCCUUAUGGGAAACCAGUUGAUAUGUGGGCCUGUGGUGUGAUUUUGUACAUCCUGCUUGUGGGCUACCCUCCUUUUUGGGAUGAAGAUCAACAUCGCCUCUACCAACAAAUCAAGGCAGGGGCCUAUGAUUUUCCAUCCCCAGAGUGGGACACUGUAACUCCCGAGGCCAAAGAUCUCAUUAACAAGAUGCUAACUAUCAACCCCAGUAAGCGCAUCACCGCUGCAGAGGCCCUCAAACACCCCUGGAUCUGCCAACGGUCCACUGUAGCCUCCAUGAUGCACAGGCAGGAGACUGUGGAGUGCCUGAAGAAAUUUAAUGCAAGGAGGAAACUCAAGGGAGCAAUAUUGACCACUUUGCUGGUCACAAGAAACUUCUCAGCAGCCAAAAGUUUGCUCAACAAAAAAACAGACGGUGUUAAGGUCAACAACAAAGCCAACACAGUGACCAGUCCUAAAGACACUGGCCCUGCCUCUGCACUGGAGCCACAGACAACUGUGAUCCACAACCCUGUAGAUGGAAAUAAGGAAUCCAUUGAAAGUGCCAACACCACCAUUGAGGAUGAAGAUGUAAAAGCCCUCCGUUUGGGCAGCUUAGUGAGCGGGGUCUUGAGUUCAAAGAGUCGCUCCUCACAGAUGUCUGACUCGGGACAGACUCCCACCUCCUCAGUUCAGACCUGCACCAAUAACAAUAAAGCUCGUAAACAGGAAAUUAUAAAAGUUACUGAACAGCUGAUUGAGUCUAUAAAUAAUGGAGACUUUGAAGCCUAUGCGAAGAUUUGUGAUCCUGGUUUGACGUCCUUUGAGCCUGAGGCCCUGGGUAAUCUGGUGGAAGGACAUGACUUCCAUCGCUUCUACUUUGAGAAUGCGCUGUCUAAAGGAAAUAAGCCUGUGCACACUAUCCUCCUGAACCCACACGUGCAUCUCAUUGGGGAAAACGCUGCAUGCAUUGCUUAUAUCCGGCUGACCCAGUACAUGGACGGGAGUGGCAUGCCGCGUACCAUGCAGUCCGAGGAGACCCGUGUGUGGCAACGUCGUGAUGGAAAGUGGCAGAACAUUCACUUCCAUCGCUCAGGCUCACCCAGCAUCCCCUCUCAUUAAUGGAAUAUCAGUGUGUGAAAAAAAUCUAGUGGAGCAGUCAACUAGCCAAUCCUCCUGACAGCUCUUUAGACCUUUGACCCUUCCAUAAGGACGUGACGUCGCACAGGAUACAAGCAUUAUUACAUUUUACUGUUAUGGUAUUUUCUGAACAGACAAUAUCCAAACCCACCACUGGGUGGCAGCACACUGUAUUUGGACAUUAUGAAACAAACAUAUUGAGAACAUUUUGUUUUUCCUUUUUGGUUUGUUUUUUAAACGUUUUUGGUAUGCAUUUUAAAUAUAAAACGAGAUGUUUAAAAUUUCCUCUACUGUAACCUCUCCUGAAGAUUAGUUCUGUAUUUUUACGUGUAUUUCUGUGUGUGCAACUCGACAACCAUUUGGGAGAUCAGAAUGUUCAAAAAUUGAGCUUGCUUUAGUUCUGGUGAUGUAUAUACAACGUGAUUGUUGAUGAAAAGAAAACAAACAAAAACAAACACUGAAUCUGCUAUUCUUGCUAUCAGAAGACUUGAGAAUUUCUGUAAAAUCAAGUUUAUGAGCUACAUUUCUGUUUGCUAUGAGCUGUCAUACUGUUUAAAUUGUCAGAUUUCAAUCUAUAGUACUAAUUUAAAUGUAAAGAAAAGCAGAGUAGCUUACACUUUGCAUUGAGAUAUGUUUGCCUUUAUAUCAGUGAAAUAAGAAAUAAGAGAAUGUAGCAUAUAUGUAACAUAUGAAAAUCCAAGAUUUAUUGUGUAGUGCAUGGUGGGGGAGAGGAGUGUUACCAUGAGUAAGACCAUAUGAAACUAAAAAUAUCUGCUGUUUAAUUUGUCAGUCACUGACUUGUUUGCAUUUGUUAUUGUUGUGCAUCAGUCCUGUCCCAAACUGUUUCUAAUGUCCUCCAGUGUCACAAAAGUGUUGUAAAAAAUAAUAAUAAUAAUAAAAAAACGUCUUAUCUAAGCCUCAUGUUGAACAGGAGGGAAAUAAAAUGUUGGCUGCCGAAGUACCCCUUACAUUUUGUAUUAGAAAAUUAACAGAAAGGAACACAAGAUAAUUUUUCACAGUUUGUACUUGUAUCGUGUCGGCUUUCUGUUGUCAUUCUACUGUCAUACCUGCCUGUUGCUUUGCCAGCUGCAGAGAGAGGAUUCAUGUGAUAAAGACAAAGAAAAGGCCCUGGCAUCUAACUUCAGUCACAUCAAGUGACAACCAGAUGACACUGGAGGGAAAAUGUGGGGAGAAUAGUUGGACAGCCUUGGAAGCUGGGAUGUCUUCUAUGUUGAGCAGUGCUUCUGCUGGCUAUAUGUGUCACCAUGGCAGAACAAUGACAGUGUCUUUGUUGCCCACAUUGUUUGCUAUCUCCAACUGGUUUCUUUUCUUUUUCAAAAGGGAAAAGAUGAGUGUUUCAUUUGACAAAAAGUAUGAUGUCAGUGCAUUGCACUACUCCUUACAUGGUGUGUACCUGUUGCCAGCAUGGCAAUGGAUGGCUUAACAUGUUUAAGAAAUAAAUAUAUCAGCUAAAAAGUGUGAUGAAAAGUGGGUUUUAACUCAUGUCUGUGUGGCUGGUUGAUUGGCUUUUCUGCUGUAGAGCUACUGUUGUGUAUGACCUUAGUGUGGAAAAUGCGUGUGUUCUUUGAUUUAGAUCUAUGUAUUCCCUUGAAUUUUAAAUAUACAGGUGUUGAGAAUGAGAACAGCUGUGUAUCUGUUAAAACUGAGUUUAACUUGAUAUUCUUUAUUUAUCUCAAGAUAUGGUAAUCAAGCAACAUUGCCAGUCAAAAGUUGAUUUACACUCCUCAUUGGCAUAGAUGUCAUUGAUUUGGGCUUUUAAAUGUUGCAUUUAAACCAUUCUGAUCUUCCAAAUUAAAUUAAGCUCUUCCUUUUUAAAGGCGUCAUUGUCUCAAACAACAAUGAAUUUUGUAAAGAAGAAUUUUGCUCACAAUAUUUAAUGUGUGGCUUUUCUCUAAUUAACAAAGUGUCAAAUCUAUAGAUGCAGGCUCAAUUGUAUAUACAUGAACCUUUGUUAAUAUUUGGUUAGUUAAUAAGCUUUGUCCUAUCCAGGUGAUUUUUGUAGUCAACAAGUUUCUGGAAGUUGGUUAGGGUGUUCAGCAACAACAUAGGAAUCACCAAGGAUUACUGGGGGAAUCCUUGGUUCACCCAAGGAUGAACCAAGGUCCAUCUUUUGGUUUACGCCCAUCGUAAGCCAAAAGAUGGAUGAAUGCCGGUGCUGGUGUUUAUAAUGAAGUCAUGUUAAUAUCACCAUAGAUUUGUGAGAGCUAAGAAAGAAUUCCUUUCUUCAAAAUAAACACAUGCAAAUUUUCAGCAGGAGAAAAGUGUUAUGAUCAGGGAAUACAAUAAUAGAGCGAUUUGGUUGUGAGAGGAUUGUGGGUUUUAAAACUGAAUGACACUUUACUGUCAUGCAUGGUGGCAGCAUCAUGAAUUCAAUUCAUAUUCAUUUUGAAUCAAAAACUGGGUGCUCCAAUUACAGAAUCUUUCCCAAAGCCCUGACCUCAACUCUAUUCAACUCUGGUGGUCUAGGCUUAUAAUGCAGGCCCAUCCUAUAAAAGCCAUCUAUUUAAAUCAGAAAAAGGCUGGUGCACAGCCAGAAUUAUGUUAAAGCCUAAUUACAAAAAACAUGUGGUCAUGGGGCUGCUUGUGUAGAGACAUUUACCCAAAUAUUAACUUACUUGAGCCUGUAUCUGUAAUUUUUGCCUCUUUGUGAAUCAGAGAAAGUCAACAAAUUCGGACUAGUGCACCUGAUUGUUUUUAAAAUCUAUUAAAGGUGUACUCUGUGUAAUCAUUCCCCCUUUAAAAAGAACAGGUAAAAUUAUUUGAUUUGGGAGAUCUGAAUGUUUACAUAGUUGAGCUUGCUUUCAGAUAAGUGUCUGUAAACUCCAGAUUGGUACGGUAAUGUAACCAUUAUUAUGAGAAAACCGGCUUUAGUUUGAAAUAUUGUCAUGAUAAUAAAUUUUUUUCCCAAACUGCCA